CCCCGCCCGCGGGGCUAUAAGAGCGGGCGCGGCCAGCGCGGCUUGGUUAGUUUCGGCUCGGUUUCAGCUCAGUUAGUCUCGGCUCAGCUCGGCUCGGUUAGUCUCGGCUCGGCUCGGUUAGUCUCAGCUCGGCUCGGUUAGUCUCGGCUCAGCAUGCAGAGCGCGCUGCUCGUGGCGGUGCGCAUGGAGCGGGGCAGCCGCCGCCGCAGCGAGCCCGAGGAGGCGGACAAGGGCAGGAUGAAGAGAACCAUCAUUAAGGAUUGGAAAACGAGACUCAGCUACUUCCUGCAGAACUCUUCCAAUUCUAACAAAAGGAAAUCUAAGAAGGCAGGGAAACACCGUAAUUACUUCAGACCCUCCCCUGAAGAAGCCCAGCUGUGGUCAGAAGCCUUUGAUGAACUUCUUGCUAACAAAUAUGGUCUUGCUGCUUUCCGAGCUUUUCUGAAGUCUGAGUUUUGUGAAGAGAACAUCGAGUUCUGGUUGGCCUGUGAGGACUUCAAGAAAACGAAAUCACCCCAAAAGCUGACAUCAAAAGCAAAGAAAAUCUACAAUGACUUCAUUGAAAAGGAGGCUCCCAAAGAGAUAAACAUAGACUUCCAGACCAAGACCAUGAUUGCACAGAACAUCCAGGGACCCACCCACACCUGCUUCAGCGCGGCGCAGAAGAGAGUGUACAGCUUAAUGGAGAACAACUCCUACCCGCGCUUCCUGGAGUCCGAGUUCUACCAGGAGCUGUGCAAGAAGGCACCUCUCAGCAGGGCAGCCCAGGGCACAUGAGCCACGCAGAGGAGGGAGAAGCAGCCCCUGGGCUGGCGAGGAAGCCGAGCCUCGGCUCGUCAGCAGCGCCCUGACCCCAGAGGCUGGGCGCUCUGUUUGCCGCAGGGCAAGGACAGACAGACUUUGGUGCAGAGCUGAUGGCGUUCAGGGGACACGGCAGGUCCGGACAGAGCCUCCUCCUGGUGCACAGGAGCUGCUCCCUGCACUUGGGCACUGCUGGGAACUCGAGCCAUUGGUUGCCUAUUUAUUUUUCCCGAGCCUCCCCCAGCGCCGCUGUUGCCGGCGGCUCGGUGUGCUCGCACCGGUUCUGUUGCUGCCUCCAGCUGCCAGGAGCUGUGCUGGGUUUCUGUGCUGCCUCCUCACAGUAACAGCACUGUGAGGGGAGGAAGGGAUGGAAUAGCUCAGUUCCCAGAGGAACAGGUUCUGCAGCGAAAGUAUGCAGGGCUGGGUUGUGUCAGCAGGGCUGUGUGGGGCCACACCGAGGGCAGAACUUGGCCAAGGCGAACAGGAGCUGUAUAGUAUUAUAUUUCUAUGUGGAUUAUGAUUGUGUCAAAUGCUGCAAUGUCAUAAUUCUGUCUUGAGGACAGCAAGCUUCAGUGAAGUUUUAUUGUUUUUAAUAAACUAUUUUGAUACAAAG